GUCGCCUCGCGGGGGUGCAGAUGACGUGUGGUGGGGCGACGCCCGAUUCAAGACAGGCACUGCGUACGUAGACACUCAGAGACGCAGUGGCAACUCGGGGACAUGCUCCAGACACAGGGAUUCGAACUGGCUCUGGUGGUUUACUUGAACACCAAUCUUCUAUUGUCAUCUGCCUCGGAGCGUCAUGGCCGAGUCCUUCUCGGGUGUGGAAGGAACAGAUUGGACACGCACGCAAACACUCCAAGGCAGUAUGCGUCGGUGGCAAGUCGAGUCUGUGCUCGGUACGCUCUGUCCAGCAUAUCGAACGGCAAGAUUCUGCCUCUCAAGAAGUCGACGGUAAUAUGCGACGUGUCCCAACCUCUCACUGUCGACAUGCUCCAUGCAAAGACUGGCGUACCAGCCACCGAGCCAAGAUCAGAUGCCUCUCGAGACCGUGAAUGGAAGCUGGGCCCCCCGGAACCCUCUCCGCCCUGCAGAAGGCAACGGCCUUUUCUUUCUUCCGAUGGCCAGAGCACAUAUGCCUCUUGUGUCCGUCGUGCUGCUUGCGAAACAGAUAGAGCAAGCGCAGCACAGUUUCAGCAGUUUUGUGGCCAUGCUGAAGUCCUCGCAGCCCAGCGCUGACCGCGGACUCUUGCUGUGUCGUUUAAGAAACUCCCCGAGAGCCACUGUUGAUGGACAGGUCAGGCAUACUUGUGGUGGUGGCCUAAUACGCUCCCUAAGGUCUGUCGUCUAGGGCCUCUCACG